AUGGAUAUCGAUAUGAGCAGAAGAAACAAGAAGCCACGUCUAUUACUAGAAUCAGAACGUGAGAGACUCGAAGAGUUCAUUGACUCUAUACACUACUCUGCCAGAUACUCUGAUGAUCAAUUCGAAUACCGACAUGUCCAACUUCCUAAGAACAUGCUGAAAAAGAUACCGGCCGACUACUUUGAUAGCGCAAAAGGAACUUUAAAACUGCUCUGGGAAGAUGAGUGGCGUGCGCUUGGUAUAACUCAGAGUUUGGGCUGGGAGCAUUACGAAGUACAUGAACCGGAACCUCAUAUUUUAUUGUUCAAACGUCCUCUCAACUAUCAGCCACCGCUGUCCCAGUGA